CACUGCGACGCCCCUGUAUAUGCUUGAAACCUGCGCUCAAGGGUGACGGCCAUGUCGACGUGGACCCUGCAGUGCACCCCCGUUGCAACUUACAUAUACCCUCGGCUGGUGGCUACUCGCAAAGAAGAAGCAACUGCUCUCAGAGAACGAACAACACCGUCUCGAAGUAAAGUAAUCGUCGCGCCGGGUUACUCUUGCACGCAGCAUUUGGGCUAUGAAUGAAGACCCAACCCUUUCACCUCGAGGUUUUGGCAGUGUUGCUUCUAUCUGUGAUUCCAUGGCCGGGUCCCAGUGUCUUUAAAAUAUCAUGCCCCCGCGACCGAGCGUCUGUAGUGAGGAGGAUAGUUCACAAGAGAUGGAUUCCAAUACUGAAGAAGUAUCAGGUAGAAUUGCCAUUGGAAUGCCCGUUCCACGAGAGUCGAGAUAUUUUUCGGCCACAACAAAAGGCGAAGCAUCAGCACAGACCAUCACAAUGGACCUGCGGCCUUUGCGGCAAGUCCUUCUACGCAGAGAAACACCUCGACGUCCACUUCGAUAACAGACAUAGAAGCAAUGUUAAUACAGCAGAAGACGCGGUAUGCCUAGCGGAUUAUUGCGACAUCAUGCGCUGCGAGGUGCUGGGCAACCGCGACUUCGAGAAUUCGGUGGACGAGGAUGGUCAUCUGAACACCGAUAUCCAAGUGUGGCGCGAAAAUACCGAACAGCAGAAGCAGAAGCAACAGCAACAGCGGCGCAGCACUUCUAUCGUGCCGUGCGGGUCGCGUGGCAUCGCCAGGAUGUAUCCUACAGAUAAGUCCUGUUCCGUCGCCGGCGGUGGAACGGUGACAAAUCUGCGUUAUUGCCGUCGCGAUGACCACGAUGACAGUGACAUGCACAAUCACAGACUGGCGAGAUCGUCGUAUCACAGCGAGAUCGCCGAAACGGAUAAUAAGAACAGUGACUGCGAGGAGGAUGAGGAGGACGAGGACGAAGAGGAGGACGUCGAGGAUGAGGAGAAUCUGGUGGAAGCGGCGCUACCCGCCGUCGACAAAAAGCAGAGACGGCGGGGGCUGCAUUUGAGAAAGCUAAAGUCCAACUGCAAGCCGGAGGAGCUACAGAAACUGAAGACCCAAUGUGAAAUACUCGUGCGCGAUUGCAUUGCCGGACUGCUAACUAAUCUUUCUGUACGAGAUUUCCAAGAAAUCGAAGGGGAGCUAAAUCGAGCGAUCUGCUGGUAUCUCAGCUGUGACAAGUACUGGGAAGACACAAAAAGACCGCAGCGUCAUACACCCUGGUAUCUCCUGACUAUCUUCAUGCUGCUCCUGUUUUCGUCGAUUUACGCAUGCUACUACGUAAUCUGGGUUUGUUUCAAUACUGCGGAUGACGACAGACUGGACGGUAGCGGAAACAUGGAUUACAACGGAAGCAUGGAUCGCUCAAGUAUUUCUCCGUUGCACGACCCGAAUAUUCAGGAAGGCAGGUUAGAAAGACGGAAGGGUGAUCACGGAGACGAUCUGCCCCAAUCGAGCGAGGACAUGCCCGAUCACUAUAUCUAUGUCUCUUACCCGCCCGAGCUGAAGCGGCGACUUCUGGAGAGUGAUCCUCCUGCUUACAGCUGCUACAACAGGACCACUCGUCUGUAAACGGACGAGUUGAAUUAGGAAGGAAGUGCAUAUACGCGAUGAUUAAAAUCUUAUCCGGGAUCUCUGCACAAAAGAAGGUACUCGGAGCGGAGGUACUCCUCACUCUCAUUUUUCUCGUUAUCCUCGUUAUCCUCGUGUUUUGUAUACCGAAUGUGAAUAAACUGCAUCGUGGACACGA